UUUUCAUUCUGGCAUCGCUGUAUAGUUCGAUGAGAAAGCAGACAAAAUAAAUUUUCAUCAACGACGAAACAAAAAAUUCAAACCGAUUCAAACUACUUUAUUAUACACAAGCAAUUAAUAACUUAUAAAUGGAAUUUUUACUAGAACGUGACAGCCGCAACUCAGCCUUGACUGAUUAUCUAAAGAGUAUCUACGAUAAUGGAACGGCUGCUGACAUACUUCUGUUGUCUGAUAGCUGUCAAUUCAAAGCCCAUCGCAGUGUUUUGGCUGCUGCUAGCCAAUUUUUUUAUUUUAUGUUGAAAGACGAAGUUGUGGAUGACUGUGUAAUUUUAUUCACAGAAUACAGUAGUCGGCAUGUUCAGAAGAUGCUGGAGUUUAUUUAUACUGGAACAACAACUGUCAGUGAAAAAGAAGAAGAGUCAUUCUCAAAUUUGUUGAUGGAUUUAGAAAUUGGAGGAGUAAAACCAAAUAUUUGUACAUCAUCAGCUUUCAGUGUUGUAGAAAGAAUAGAAGAUGUUAUUUUGGUGGAAGUUGAUACAUCACCAGAUGCUGCUGAAGGAUCAAGAAAUUUAAAAUGUGAAAUUUGUGGUCAAGUUCUUAAAACAAGAACUGGACUGAGAAUGCAUUUGCUAGUUCACCAAGGAUCUAAAGGAAAGGUUUUUACCUGUGAUGUAUGUGGAAAAGGUUUCAGUCAAGCAAGCCAAUUAAAAACCCACAUGAGAAUUCAUACAGGGGAGAAGCCUUACAAAUGUGAUGUGUGUGAGAAAUCAUUUUCCCAUGCAUCAACACUUUCUGAGCAUAAAAAUUUGCAUGAUGAAGUCAAACCAUUUCAGUGUAAUGUAUGCAAACAAGCAUUUGCUCAACGUAAAGCCCUCCGAUCCCAUAACUGCCAUGAAGAUAAUCAGAACAUCAACAGCAAAAUGUUUCCAUGUCCUUACUGUAGCAGAUCUUUCAGUACUCGUAGAGGUUUGGCUAUUCAUAAAAUGCAUCAACAUGUUGAAACUGCUAGUGAACCAAUAUUGCAAUGUGAUCUUUGCUCUACAACUUUUACUAGUGAAAACGCGUUUGAAACGCAUUUGCGACAUCAACAUAGUUAGCCCAAUAAAACCUCUAAUUGUUU